UCCACAGUGAUUAACUUAAAAAUCGAAAUAAUCUAAAUUUUAAGGGAAUGACUUCUAGUUGUAGUUUUAUAUAUUGUUUCAAGAGGUGCAAAGGUUGUGAAAUGUCUUUUCUUCUAACUUUCUGAGCACAUCUCUCCAUUUUUUUUAAACGCACCAAUGUGGUGCGACCCAAGUACAUCGAAAAUAGUAACGCGUGGUGUUCACUCGUAUGUUUCAAGAUAGCGAAUCGUUUGAUUUUCUUGGCAAGCUAUGAAUUAUUCACAGAAUAUCCACAAGUCUACUAUCAACUAUUGUCGACAUGAUACACACGUAAUUACAGGGCAAUUGCGGCGGAAAACGUGCAUUGUCCUAUGAAUCGUGCAAAUAAUAACAGAUUCGUGUGAAAGGGGACGUCCUGAUGCAGUCCUAUAUAAAAGGUGCAGUCGUCUGAUAUGUGUGCAUUUCGUAGUGAGGUAGUAAUAUGACUGGUAGCGAGCGGCCACAGAAUUCCAUCCUGGAUUUCCCUAAACGUUUCAUGGUUAUCACCGGAAUAUGGCGCGCUUCUUCCAUUACACUAAAUUCGUCAGCGCAGAAAGCAUACAUCGCCUAUUGCGUCUUUGUUAAGCUCUACUACUCGCUGUUCGUAGCGUUGGCGGUCAUAAAAUUCACCAUGAGUGUUUUGUCGGAAAAUUCCACGGAGUUCAGACAACUCUCGUACAUUAUUUCAAUGCUGACGACCCUUUACGCUGCCAUGGUCUGCGAUACCAUCAACUUCAGGCGAAUUAUAUCUUACAUUGAGGACAGAGAAAAUUAUCUUGCCGGCUGCGAUGACGAGGACCUUUUGAAGCUAUAUUCCCUACUUACGAAAACCGGGAAAUUCGUCAGUACAACUUUAGUCCUCACAGUGGCGAGCACAGGGUCCGCCGUUAUUUUGGAAAAUAUAUGGCGUAACGUGGCGAUAGCGAAACAUAACUCAGGUGGAAACGGGACGGCCGAAAUCGCGUUCAUCAUCGACCUGUACUACUUCGGACUCACUACGCGGAAACCAGCGACUGCUUUCAUUCUCGUUAAUGAAUGCAUGUCGGUGUUCAAUAUCAUAAUGACUUUCGCUACCAAAAGUAUCACACUGACGUGCAUGAUUUUCGCAAGCUAUGCGUUGCAGGAGCUUCAGAUUAGACUCAGGAAAAUCGGAAUGGAUGCAGAUGUUGACUUCGGAUUUAAACGAGCAGUUUCGCAGCACCUAGACGUUAUCAGUUACAUCCAUGAUUUAAACGAUUUGGUAAAAUACUUAAUCUUGUUCGAGUACUUAUUCGAGUCACUGAACGUUGCCGUUCUCUCAGUUCAGCUAGCCGCGUACGAAUCCCAGACGCUGUUGUCAUCGGCAUCGUACCUGAGUUACCUUCUACUGCAAAUCUUCAUGCUAGGUUGGACAGCCGACGAAAUAAAAAUGCAGAGUGUGGCCUUAUCCGAUGCAUUGUACCAAUGCCCUUGGUACGAACAAAACGAAGCGUCCAAGAAGGUGAUACUGGUGAUGAUCAAGCUGACCCAGAAGCCUUUGACUUUGACGAUUGGUCCUUUUGACGCGAUGACCAUGCAGUCUGCUCUAGCGAUUAUAAAGGGAUCUUACUCGUACGUGACGCUAAUGACGAAUAGUUACCAAUAAUGGUAAACAAUAGAACCUCCUUGUUCCCACUCUUACUUAUAUAAAUUGAUUUAAAUAAAAGAGAAAUAAUCUAUACAGUGUGUAACCUAAUGUUGGUAAUAAUAUUCUAAAUAAUAAUAUUUGUUAUUCAUUGUUAUGUAAAGCCAUACUCUAGCCCCUGUUUAAUGCUGGUAACGCAGUAACUUUUGAAGCCAACACAAUAAUAUGUUGAGAAGACAUAUUCAAGCCUGAAUAAGACUUCAGCCUGCUUUUCUUUUUCUUAUAAGCUUUCCAGAAAAAGAAAAGGCGGAUUAAUAUAUCGAUGUGGUCUCUAUGACUUUUGUGUCAACUUAAAAGCUACCGGUCGGAAGGAUAAAAGUGAAUUUUUUAAAAGUUUCCUUAUGAAUUCACUAACCAAAAUAGGUACAUGAUCCAAAUUACCUGGAUAACAAGUAGGUAGUCUUCUCUAUUUUUCAAAAUAUAUGUGAGAAAGAUUACCUUGAAUUCCCUUAUCGCACAAUCCUUUCGUCUUUUAAUCAAAUCCAACCCAAACACCGUGUACAUUUUACUUUAGAACCUAAGCUCUCACAAAAUGGAGGGUCUGCUAGCUCAAGGAAAGCCUCAGGGCCGAUGUCGACGUGGCAGAUCUUCGCAACGUUAGUAAUGAAGAUGAUGAUGAACCAAAAUACUUAUUUAACAAAAAUGAUUAGGAAUAAUUGUAUUGUGGGAACCCAUGGAUGCUCUUAAUAUAGUGUGAUAUA